GCAGAGAAUUAGAGGUAACUGCAGUUCACCUUUCAUAAAGUACAAAUAGAUGCGGAGAUGAGAAACUUGAUUGAAACUUAAUUGAAACUGGGACCCAUCUUUCAUAUUCUGAGUAUAAAAGCCCUUCAGUGACAAACAUUCCCCUGCACUCAGCAGUAGUUAAGGGACCACAGAGGAAUCCUUUACCCAGCCUCUGCCUUUGUGAGGUUUGUUCAUUAUUGCGCAUGCAUCCAGGGAACCUCUGGAAGCCAUAUUGACUGAUGCGGUCGCUGCCAUGGGUUUUCCGAAUAACAUUUAUGUGCCCACGAUGUGCUUUUCCAUUUAUAAGAGCUGCCGGGGAUGCAGAUCUCCUAUUGCAACCGCCGGGGAAAAGAGGAAGAUCUUUUUGUGUCUCUUCUAAAGGAAUCGUCGAUGCGAAAGCGAGACCACAAAAAGGGAAACGUAGUUAAGUGGAGGCGUAAUUGAAUUCACAUCAGACUGUGCUCUGAGAUACGCUCUGGUCUGUUCCACAGAACGAGGUUAGGAUAACCCGGCGCGGUCUUGAAUAAUGAAAUCCGCUGUUUGAGAUGUGGGGAAUGAUUUGUCAACGAGGGUUUCCCCCGUGUCUGACACACACAUGCCUCCAGAGCACAGCAGGGCCGAUGCAUGAUUCAUGAUGGCCGCGAAAACACUCGAGCACAAAGUCUGGGAAUGCACCCAUCUUCUUGGGUGUCCCAGUUCUUGAGGAGAUGUUAAGGGAGAACGCCACGGGGGAUCACAUGCCCUCCUCUCGGGCUGCCUGGCCGACCCACGCUGGUUAAAAGCGCCUUCCAAACGCCCUCGAGCAGCUUUGUGAGGGUCACGAGAACUCACAGUCAGUUCCAUCGCCUAAUAUCCUCCGUCCCACAGACGGCUCUCGCUCUUUGCUCCUGUAGCUGGACCGUUUGGAAUGCUUCGCGUUACAUGGAAUGAUCAAUACCACUCUGGGGAGUGCGCGGGUAACAUGUAGCUGCAGGCUGAUUGCUUAGCUUAGCAUAAGUUUUAUUCUACGUUUCAAACCUGUUUCACACCAAUCACAGGAUUUUGUGGGAUUCUGAUGAACGCUUCUUCAGCUACAGUAGAUAGUGGGGUGCAGAAUGAUCAGACGGUCCUCGAUUUCCUGCUGCGGAAGUAGUUUAUACAUCUUAUCUGUGCAAGCAGCCAAAAUGGGAAAAAUAUCUUAUCCAUUUAGUUCGUCUCAAAACGCACGUUGUCAAAGAGACGCAGCAACAACUACCCCAAAACCCAGAGAAAGGUUAAUAUAGUCUUGAGAUCCCCCAGCAGCUGGGAUUUAAUGAAGAUGUAAGUGAUAUGAAUUUACAUCUCGGCCACAGAUCGGAUGUUGGCUCUGAUUGUUUUUUCUAUUUUAAACAAAUAAGUGUGUAGAUUGGGACUGUAGCUUCAAACAGAGGCCCCACUAGCACCUUCUGAGAAACAUCCAACUAUAAAACUGUGAGAAAGCAAACAUGUAUCUCUCAUGGUGGAUAUUGAUCUCGUCAGAGUUAAUCUUAAGGAAGCACAGGUACAGCCUCCCAUGGCGAGCAGGAGCUUCAACACUACUGAAAAAUAGAUGCUAAGCCUCUCUCUCUCUCUCCCUGACAUUUCCUGCCACACGCAGACGGAGCUCCUUCCUCGAUCAUUCCUCCGGUUACGGACCAGCAAGCCAAGCCGAUAAGAGAGGCCCACCACCACGCGAGACCAGCAUUAAACUAGUAACAGACAAUCCGCUGCUCCGGAUUCCGUGCACCUCAUGUCCGCGAGUGUGCACGCUCUUUUGUUCACCUGUAUGUCCGACAGGCGUGUGUGCAUGGCGGGAGUGCGGGGUAAUGUAACACCGCUGUUCCCCUGCACACAGAAAUGUCACUGAGGUUAAUUUAAAUUUCAGGCCGGUCCAACUCGCCCCGCCCGCCGCCAUGGACACGUUACACUGGUGUGAGCAUUACAACUGCUGGGUAAUGAGACACAAAGUGGGGGAUAAGGUGACCCAUCCAAUCCCGCGGAGCGCGGCCCUCUUUGGGGUUGGGUUGCAGGUGGAACUCUUUCCAGGCUCCGAGAUCACAUGGGGUCUCCCAGCGAGGGCCCGUACACCGACACCUCAGUUCCCCUUCCGGCCCAAAAAGUAAGGUAAGAGGCCCCCGAGGUUGAUGCAUGCAAGGGCCGAGACGAGGACGGCCAUGUCAAUAUUUUGAAUGACUGAAUCUGAAGAGAAAAACACUGUUUUGAGGUCCUAACUUCAUGUUGGGCAACACAGCUCCCCCUGUUGCAAAACAUCUGCAUGUGCAGGUAAAAGAAAAGUGAUCAGCAGCAAAAUAAAUGUUGCUUUAUUAUAACAUAAUACAUGAGCAGCGUGCAUCCACACAAGUAUUAUGAAACAAACAAAACACUGUACAGACCUGGCACGGAUUUGCAAACAAUGAAGUUGGUGAAGAAUAUGCAUGUAAGUAUACCAACUAAAAUAUACUAGUAGUGCAAUACAUUUUCCUGUAUUGCAUCCAAGCCAGGACUUUGAUGGAAUAACACGUGAUAUUUAUUGUGAAAUAAUUUCCUGACUAAACUUCCUGAGAUCUCCCUGAAUUGGCUCACAUUUGAUGAAACGCGCAUUUUGCAAUGGCUCAUAAAUCGUGGAAUCACAUGACACAAUCUGUUCCCAACAGAUUUAAUUAUUACGUUGAAAAAAGCAGAGAAAAAGUGGACACAACGUAUGAAAUCAAGCACCAGUGGAGCGAGGCCGCGGCGGUGAAUAAUGUCCUUCUUUCAUGCUGUAGAGUAUUAGAAAUAAACUGACGACCCGGUUCAUAAAUUAAUUAAUAAUAUAAAAUGCAUUAAGUGUAUUUAGUGAGAAUGUUGCAAAACCACUCAUUUUAAACUGUAACCAAUAGAAUAAUACCAAUUCACAGCUAUGAUUGUAUUCAACGUAAUGUAAUCAAGCGAAAUGCAUGCAUGUAACCCUUGAUAGCACCACAACUGAUAUUGACUGAGAGACACUCGAAAUGCGAGUAACAGUGAACUCAUCAGGAGACCACGCCCCUUUCACACCUUUACUGAUCUGUAUAAAUACCUGUGGGAACCCAUUGUUCUAGAGUUCGCGGGUGGAGGCAACAGACAGUCACUGUGGGGGGUCAACGUGCUGCCUUGUGGCCUGUUGAUGGCAGAGACCAGCGGCUCCUCAGCUGAGAUCUUCUCUUUAGCUCAACACCUUUUCUUUUAUUAAAUACUUUGGGUUUUAACUCUUCAAACCAAGACGCUUCCUGUCCGCCCGGAGUUUCUUCAUCUUUAUAACGCAACAAUGCGUAUAUUUGAUCAGAGAUCAGCACAGUGUGGAUUUCAGGGAUUUGAUGGCUUCACUUCACAGCGUAUCAGGCCGAGAUGUUACAGAGCUCCACCGACUGACUGAGGAGCCUCGGGUCAGAGCAAGAAGGAGACCGAUCUGUUACAACGGAGGCACAGGAUGGACCCGUCGGGGGAUGACUCCCACCACAAUGCGUCCGAAGAGAAGCGUAAGAGAGAAUCUGCUGACAGUCAAACUGACUCAUUGAGAUGAACACAUAACGGGAAAUCCCUCGGACUCGGGCCUGCUCUAUAAAUCACUGAUGGUGUCCACUCAGGGGUCAAUACUCAAAGGCAUCCGUCAACACAAGCCAUGGACAUCCUGCUGGUUCUCGCCAUUCCCUGCUACAUGGCCGCCUUCGCCCGCGGCGCGCCUCUGCCGGAGAGCAGCGCGCAGGUCGCGGAUCAGCAGUUCCAGGGCGUCGUGCAGAGGAGCCGCAGCUUGACGCAGAAGAUCCUGCUCUCCAUCCCCGACGCGCACGAGUCGUGCGUCCACGCGGAGGCGCUAAAACUCGACUCCCCACAAAACGCCAAGCUUGCGGUCAUGGCGUCCAACAUCGGCAUCCCGUCGGCUCCUGUGCUCAGAGUCGUGUCCGAAAGCUUCUCCUUGGAGGCCGUUUUGAGGAACGUGUCCGAGGGCCUCCAGCUGCACCGGGCCUUGCUGCGCUCGGUCUCUCCUCGGCUGCAAAACAAAGACAAAGUGGCCGCGCUGCUGGCUGACAUCAAAGACCUGAUCAUCCAGAUCAAUAAGAUGGUGAAAAUGGCCAACGGGGAGGCCGCGGUGCAGCCCUCGCCCUCGCCCUCGCCCGUAGUCCUGCGGCUCCCCGGGGAAUACGACGUCCAGGUGGCGGCGCACCUGAGUCUGGGGCAGCUGCAGAGCUUCGGGCGGGACGUGCUGCGCUGCCUCAGGAGUCUGGACCGGAGCGGCGAGGAGGAGGCCGAGAGCUGACCACCGAAACACACCAUUUAUUUAUCCGGUAAAUGAUUAUGAUGAUUAUGGGGUCGGCCGUGGCGCAUGGAGUAGAGCGGCUGCUCCUAACCGCCAGGAACCGCAAGUCAAGGUUGUUGAAGUGUCCCUGAGCAAGACACCUGACCCCCCCGGGCAAAAAUGUAAACUCCAUGGGUUAGAAAUGCAAUGUAAGUCACUUUGGAUAAAAGCGUCGGCUAAAUGAGCUGUAAUGUAAUUUAUAUUUAUAUUGAAAAAAGAUAUUUAUAUAUUUAUUUAUGUAAUAUUUAUUUGGGGAAUUUAUUAUGAUGAGGAAACUGUAUCCCUCAGUCACUUUGGUUCCAUUCCUUAUUACAUAUAUUUAAUAUCUGUAUAAUUUCCUCCAUAUCAGUUAAAAAAAUGUUGUGUAUGAACUUUAUCAACCAUUAUUAGAAUUAGUUAUAUUGUGUAAACUAAACAUAUGUCCAAGAAUCUGUUCCUGUGCUGCAGAAUUAUAUUUUUCUGAUAUUUUAAUAAAAUAAUGCAUUUCCCGGAAACACA